UUGAUACUUAUCAAUCUUCUACGUGCCCGUUUGUUGGCCACCAAUUUAUAUUCUCUGUCAGUGUUUGGUGGAGUUACGUAAAUACAAUUUUGGCUGCUUCCUGAAAAUUAAUAGGCCAUAUCAAGAUGUUGCGAAAGGCAUUAGUGCCAUGUAAAGAAAGUAUAACUACAAAUGUUUUAAGAAGUUUUGGUGGAAGUUUCGGAAGCACGGGUGUUUUAAAAAACGAUCAACAUUUACAAAUCAGGAAGCAGUCAACACAACCCGUACCGCAAGAAAAAUAUAAACCAUAUUCUCCGUUUCAAAAAACCAAUAAUUUAGCGGAAUAUGCUUUAGCCAGAAUGGACGAUUUAGUGAACUGGGCCCGAAAGGGUUCUAUAUGGCCUCUUACUUUCGGACUAGCUUGUUGUGCCGUAGAAAUGAUGCACAUUGCAGCACCAAGAUAUGAUAUGGAAAGAUUUGGUCUGUUGUUUCGAGCGUCGCCUCGUCAGGCGGACUGCAUAAUAGUCGCGGGGACGCUGACAAAUAAAAUGGCCCCCGCCUUAAGAAAGGUGUACGAUCAAAUGCCCGACCCACGUUGGGUGAUUUCUAUGGGUAGCUGCGCUAAUGGGGGCGGUUAUUACCAUUACUCCUACUCUGUUGUAAGAGGCUGUGAUAGAAUCAUACCCGUCGACAUCUACGUCCCGGGUUGUCCCCCAACUGCUGAGGCGCUCUUGUACGGCCUUUUGCAGUUGCAGAAAAAAGUUAAAAGGUACAACACUCUCCAAAUGUGGUAUAGAAAAUAAUUUCGAGUAUGGCACUUAACUUUGAUUUGUACAUAAUUUAUUAUCGUUAAAUAUAUUGUGAAAACUGCGGAAAAUAAAGACAUUU